ACUUUUGCCUGGCAAUCUUGUCUACUUCCAAUUUCCAGGAGGAUCUAUAUAUGUUUAAACACCAUUUUAUGAGAUAUUAUCUGCAUAGAUAUAGACUUAAGAAUAUAUGAGGUUUUUUAUUUUCAGUAAGCAAAUAAGUGGAAAUUAAAUUUCUGCUUUUCUGCCUUUAUGGGACUUAUAGUGAAGUUUUACUUAAGUCACCUGUUAAGUCGAGCAUAUACUGAAUUCAUAUGCCCAAAUGUUUUAGUCUUCUAAGUUGUAUAAAAUGUUUUGUCACAAUUUUAUUUUUUGAAUAGAGGACUAAUGUAAAAUUUUACCCUAUUAUUCUUUAGUUUUAUGGGCUUUGAUGAGUUAUUGUGAUCUUUACAUUAGAUAGCAUCUAUAAAGUCCUGUUACCCUAUUACUACAGGUUAAAAUCAAGCAUUUUACAUGUUAAUUAUAAUGAGCUGUGUGUGAAAUUCGGUAAUAAAUUAAGGAAAUAGAUCAGCAUAAAGAGCCAUGUCUUAGGGUUUGUACUGAUGUGAAGAGAGCCCAUGGCAACUCUUUUGUUUGUUUGUUUUGGGUUUUUUCAAGACAGAGUUUGACUGUGUAACAGCCUGGGCUGUGACCUCACUUUGUAGACCAGGCUGGCUUCAGACUCACAGAGAUCUGCUUGCCUCUGCCUCCUGGGUGCUGCUAUUAAAGGAAUGCGCCACCUCCGCUCGGCCCGUGGCAGCUCUUACAGAGAAAAACAGUUCAGAGAUUCAGUCCAUUAUCAUCAUGGUAGGACAUGCCAUUCACAUAGAUUUCCUUUCUUCUGUUUUCUUCUCACUAAGACUCUUCUGAUAGCAAACAGAGAAGACACUUUGAAGUAUGAAGUCUAAUUUUCCCUGUGCUCAAAACUGCCUAGUGGCUUUCCAUGUCACUGGAAUUAAAAGCUGAUACCUUCACAAUGACCCAGAAGGUCUGUUGUCUCUCUCUUACUGCUACCAUAAACCACUCCCAUAGAUUCUCGCUUACAGGAAUGCUCACACAUGAGCUGAACAAGGAGGGCACCAACAAAUAUGCCAGAAUGGACAGGGAAAAGCCAAUGAGGCCUCAGCCCCACACAAAACUAUAGGCAAAUGAGGAAAGUUGGGAGCAAGAGAGGUGGUUCUCCCUAGGGAAGAGGCAAUCCAAUUGGAUGUCCAGUGGUAAGUGGUCAGCUCUGAAUAGGUUAUGUAUGUAUGAAUGAAUGAAUGAAUGUAAAUGAUUGACUGUGGUUUGGACAUAUAAGUCAAAUAAACCCUUUCCUUAUUUCCUCCCAUUGCUUUUCAUGAUGGUGUCUUAUCACAACAGUAGAAACCGUAAUUAAGAUAGAUGAGUGAGUCAAGUAGUGAUGACCUGCAAGAGCUGGUAAACAUGUCUUAGGCUGUAAAUCACAUUUGUUAAUAUAGAAUAUGUGCUAGAAAUUGUCAGGAGGGCCAUUUACUACUAUUUCAUAAGUACCAUGAAUUGUAUCGUGGGACCCUACAUUACUGAUUUAGGCUGUUGACUCUGAAAAUGGAUAACCUCUUUUCUGAAGUUCUUUCUUAGUGGGGAGCUGAUCACAGGAAUUCCUUGGUCUUCAUAAUGUUCAUUCGGGUUCAUCAUGAUAGUAUUUGUGUUUCUCUUACCUUGUAGGAAAGAAACAACCAUGCUUUAAAAAAAAAAUAAUCGCUAGAAACACCGCUGUGUUUAAGAUUUUUAUUUCUUGUUGAUUUAAUAGUGUUGGGGUAGAAAAAUUCAUCCAUGCAAUGAAGCUUUUAAAACGCAAAUCAUUAUUAAACAAAUUUACAAUUUGUGCAUACAUAUAAUGCUGACUCCCUUUAUUCCUUAAUUGCCAAAAGGCUCAGAUACAUAAAGAGUAAGGCUGUCUUUUGAUGAGAUUCUUAUAGGAAGUGAAAGACUUAACAAUUCCUUCUCAGCUUAGUCUUUGAGGUGACAAAAAUUACUACCGUGUUGUUUUAUUAGAGAUACGGCUUAUGUUGGUUGUGACAGCAUUUUUUUCUUUAACAUCUUCUACUGUUUAGAUGGAAUAAUUUCUCUGGUAUUUGCAAAGUCUGGGAAAUGCUUCAAAUAUAUCUAGUUAAUGUUCUCAGGAGACUGAGUGGGUCAUAUUUGGGACAAUCACCUCUCUCUGGCUUUAUAUAUACAUGGUACUUUCUUUGUUCUUUUUUUCCUAAACAGGCUGCUGAUACUUUGGCUGUAAGACAAAAGCGAAGAAUAUAUGAUAUCACCAACGUCUUAGAAGGAAUUGAUCUAAUUGAAAAAAAAUCAAAGAAUAGUAUCCAGUGGAAGGGUGUAGGUGCUGGCUGUAAUACUAAAGAAGUUAUAGAUAGAUUAAGAUUUCUUAAAGCUGAAAUUGAAGAUCUAGAAUUGAAGGAAAGAGAACUCGACCAGCAGAAACUGUGGCUACAACAAAGCAUCAAAAAUGUGAUGGAAGACCCCAUUAAUAACAGGUUUUCUUAUGUAACUCACGAAGACAUCUGCGAUUGCUUUAAUGGUGAUACACUGUUGGCCAUUCAGGCUCCUUCUGGUACACAGCUCGAAGUACCUAUUCCAGAAAUGGGUCAGAAUGGACAAAAGAAAUACCAGAUAAAUUUAAAGAGUCACUCAGGACCUAUCCAUGUGCUGCUUAUAAACAAAGAGUCCAGUUCAUCUAAGCCGGUGGUUUUUCCUGUCCCCCCACCUGAUGACCUCACACAGUCUUCCUCCCAGUCCUCAACAUCAGGGACUCCACAGAAAUCCACCAUGGCUGCUCAGAACAUGCCCGAGCAGCAAGUUUCUGAAAGAAGCCAGAGUUUCCAGCCGAUACCAGCUACAGAAAUAUCUUCAGGGUCUAUUAGUGGAGACAUCAUUGAUGAACUGAUGUCUUCUGAUGUGUUUCCUCUCUUACGGCUUUCUCCUACCCCAGCAGAUGACUACAACUUUAAUUUAGAUGACAAUGAAGGAGUCUGUGAUUUGUUUGAUGUUCAGAUACUAAAUUAUUAGAUUCCAUGGAAACUUGGGACUGUUAUCUACCUCUAACUGUAACAUUGUAGAAUUCUUAAUAACCUAAGUAUUUAAAAUUAUGAAUGUAACACCAUUUUAGUUCAUCGAGUCUGAAAUAUUCUUCACUAACAUUUACUUCACAAAACUUGAAAGGGCUCUGACUGUUUCAGGGGGAUGAUUAACUGUCUACCAGCAUGCCCCUCCAGUGAUUCUAUUCAAUUUCUUUCAAAGCUGAAUUCUGCUGUAGCUUCUCCUAAGAGAAAAGUUAAAGCAGACUUCAGGUCACCACACCAAAACAUUGUCCAGAAGAUUUUAUUUGUCUAUAUUUUUACUGCCACAAAGUUAUAUCUAUGUGUCCUUCAGACAUUCACUGCCACAGAUAAAGUGAAGGGCGUCACUAUUGAGUGAAGAGAUUUUGUGAAGUGCCUUCUGUUUUAGCACUUUAAGCCUAUCAGUUUGCUGACUUCUGACAUUCUACUUUCCUAGAGUAUAGGAAAGAUCUGUUUAUGUAGUUUGUUUUUAAAAUGUGCCAAUGCCUGUACAUUAACAAGAUUAAAACAAAUAAAGUUGUAUAAAGCAUUCAA